GUUGGUCUCUCUACUUGGACGCCAUCACUGAUUCACUGGGAUCAAAUUUCUUCAUCUGGGAUCAAAUCACUGAUUCAAUGGCGUCUGGUUGGGGAAUCUCGGGGAACAAGGGCCGCUGCUAUGAUUUCUGGAUGGAUUUCAGUGAAUGUAUGUCCACUUGCCGGGAGCCUAAGGACUGCACUCUUCUCCGAGAAGACUAUCUCGAGUGUCUCCAUCAUUCCAAAGAGUUUCAACGUAGGAAUAGGGUGUACAAGGAAGAGCAGCGUCAACUAAGAGCAGCUGCGCAAAAGGGAAAAGAAGGUGAUAAGGGCGGUGCAACUCCCCAUUGAUUGUAAAACUUUUCCUGUGAUAUCUGGUUUUUGGCCAUUUAAAAGCAAGUUGAAGUGGAUGCUUUCAGAAUAAAAAGGUCACUCAGUAAUUCAAUUGAUGUACUAUAUUUAAUGGAAUGGUAAAAGCAAUGCAAGAUUGUAUGGUAAAACACUAUCUCCUAUGUGCCACUUGCUGUGUGGGCAUUUGUUUUUAUUUUUUCGUCUAUGGCGUUUCAUACAGCUAAGUUAGCAUUCUAAUUCCUAAAUAUUCCUAAGAUAAUCACGUUUUGUUCAAGAUCUAGCAUUAUGGUGUAUUUUAGUGUACACACACACACCAUAUAUAUAAAUAUGUUCACAAUAUGAGGAAAGGAAAUGAAAACCCAUUAAAUUACUCCA